AUGCGAGGGAGUUCUCUCCUUUUUCUAAUUUUUCUACAAAUAUGCUACCUCGGGACGACGCGAGGCCAGGCUGAGAGGGCACCAAUUGUUGGGAAGCUAACACCAACCGAUGAGCGACCAAGACCCACUUCCACCACCCCUCCAGAACCGACACUACCUCCAGUGCCUGAGGGGAAGAAGCGGAUACUCUUGUCUUACCUCACAGCUGUUUCGACUAUACCACCCAGCCUCUUGGAAUCGUUGAUUAGAGGAAGGGGAUCGGCAUCGAGAGCGUCGUCACAGCAAGACUCAGCCGCCAACGAUACCUCCUCCUCAAAAGAUGUCUCCUUCCGAGACUCCUCCACCGCCAUCGAUUCCCAAGAAAACCGCUCGGUUCAGGCCUGGUCUCGCUGUUUCCGCACCGAUUUUGAGGGCUCCGUCAUCUCCGGCGCGUUGCGCGUCGCCAUCGAGGAGAUCAACAACGACCCCACCAUCCUCCCGAACCACUCGCUCGCCUACACCUUCUCGAACACGUGCGGCGACGAGAAGACGAGCACCCAGUACUUUAUGCAGCACUGGAAGAUGGGAGCCCGGGCGUUCAUUGGGCCGGAAGUGAAUUGCAGAACCGAAGCGACAAUGGCUGCAGCGCAAAAUUUGCCGAUUAUCAGCUACAAAUGCAAGGAUGAAUCGGUUUCGGAUAAGCGGAAAUUCCCGACCUUCGCCCGGACUGUCCCUGCCGAAACCGAGAUCGUCCACUCCUUCAUCGCCCUCCUCACCGAGUUCGGCUGGAAAAAGUUUGGCAUCGUACACGAGGAACAUGCCGCUCACGCCGAGCUGUACCAGGCGAUCAAGGCUGCAACCGAAAAACUGUCCACCGACUACGAGAUCACCAACGUCACCAUGCUGGCGACGUUCAACGAAAUCACCCCCCAGCAAGAGCUCGUCUCCAUCGUCGAGCGCAUGAAGUUCAACACCAGGAUUUUCGUGACGUUUGGCAAUGUGCGGUUGUUCAGGACGCUGUUGCAGAUCAUGGGCCAGCAAGGUCUUCUGAAACCGGGCAGCGAGUACAUGCUCAUCUACCUGGACCCGGACUACAACUGGCUAAACGUGUACCACGCGAUGAAUAAUCACUUUUUGAGAAACACGAUGGUGGAGAUGAACAGAUCGUGGGGCUCCGACGGACAGCCGGGAGAGGAUUCUGAGAUGCUCAACUACGCCCAUAACGUCAUCGCCGUCAUCCCAACACCCGUCAAGCUAGACACGCCUCAUUUUAAAAAGUUCUGGAAGCUCGCGAUCGAUUACCUCGUCGAGUUCGGCGUGCACAAGAGCGCAAUGCAGAAUUCGAUUAAGGCCAACCGCUUCGCCUGCUACCUGUACGAUGCCGUCUGGGUGUACGCGAGAGCUCUUGACGCCCACAUAAAAGCCUCGCCAAACUUGGCGGAACCGGAGGCCGAUGGCCAGGGCAUAAUUCGAAGAAUUCUGGGCAGCACCUAUUAUAGCAUCCAAGGCUUCGAAAUGACGUUUGACAACAGCGGAAAUGCCCAAGGAAACUAUUCCAUUCUCACGUGGCUACCCGUUAAAGCCAUGACAAAAGUAAACUCGACCGAGUACUACCCGAUGGACCAUGCGCUCGAUGUCUCGGGCGUGUUUGCAAAAGAUGAAAAUGGUUUAAAAGCCUUAUGGAACAAGGAUGUAAUCUGGAACAAACACACGGUCCCACGCGACGAGCCGGAGUGCGGCUUCAACAACGACAAGUGCAACCAGCCGAAAAAGUUCUCGCUGUUCGUCGUCCUCGUCGGCGUCUCGUCGCUGAUCAUCGGCAUCAUCAUGUUUAUACGAAAUACAAAGUAUGAAAAAGAGCUGAAGAUGAUCUGGAAAAUCGACCCCAAGGAAAUCGAGCGGAUAAUGCAUUGUAAUCAGAGCACAACGUCACUUUAUGUGCUGGAUGGACGGUUUCCAAACGAUACUUGCGACGAGAAGCGCGGGUCGGGUCUGCGCGGCGUAGCGUUGUAUAGAGGGAAUUUGUGUUGUAUAAAAGAAAUCCGCUACCGCCGUAAAGCCCGUGAAAUCAGCCGCCAACUACGCAUCGAAAUGAAGGCGAUGCGCCAGUUGAACCACGACAACAUCAACGCGUUCAUGGGCAUCAUUGUCGAGCCGUCCAGCCAAGCGAUAUGCAUCGUGCGCGAGUUUUGCGCCAAGUCGAGCCUGAUGGACAUCCUCCGGAACAAGGACAUGAAGCUCGACCAUCUAUUUAUUACCAGUUUUAUUGAGGAUCUCAUUAAGGGUAUGAUCUACUUGCACGAAUCUGAUCUACGGGUACACGGCAAUUUGAAAUCGACAAAUUGCCUUAUAACGAGUCGCUGGGCGUUGCAGGUCGCAGAUUUCGGGUUGGCCGACUUGCGCGACGGGCAGCAAUGGGACAGCGAGGAUUUAUUCUGGGAAUCCUACCUAUGGACGGCGCCGGAGCUGCUUCGCAUGAGCGAGUUGCGCAAUGCCGUUCGGGGCACUCAGAAAGGAGACGUCUACUCAUUCGGCGUGAUCUUGCACGAGAUGCUGACACGGCAAGGGCCCUUCCGGUUGAUCGACUGUCCACAAUAUACCGCGCAAGAAGUCGUUCGGCGGGUCUUUGACGGCAGCGGGCUACGACCUUCUAUGGAAGGCAUCGACUGCCAGAACUAUGUCUCGGACACGAUACGAGCCUGCUGGGCCGAGUCCCCGGAAGCGCGGCCCGACUUCAAGCAUCAAAUUCGGAGUCGACUAAAACCGCUGUUUGCCGGCAUUUACAAGCGGAAUAUCAUGGACCAUAUGAUGCUGAUGAUGGAGCGCUACCAGAAUCAGCUCGAGCUGCUCGUGGAAGAGCGGACGGCCGAGCUGCGAGAUGAAAAAAGAAGAAGCGAGAAUCUACUCCAAAGAAUGCUCCCUCAGAGCGUCGCGCAACAGCUACUCGAAGGCAACAACGUCGUGCCCGAGUCGUUCCCAUCAGUUACCAUCUACUUUUCGGAUAUCGUCGGCUUUACAAAUAUCAGCGGCGAGUCGACGCCUAUGCAGGUUGUCACCUUCCUCAACAAGCUGUACACCCUAUUCGACAACAUCAUCAAGCAGUACGACGUCUACAAGGUCGAAACGAUCGGCGAUGCCUAUAUGGUCGUCUCCGGGGUGCCCAUCUACAAAUCCGAGUCCUAUCACGCUGAGCACAUCGCAACGAUGGCCCUGCAUUUGUUGGCGGCCGUGAAGAACUUUACGAUACCGCACAGAAAGGAGGACACGCUGAAGCUGCGCAUCGGCUUGCACACGGGCAGUUGUGUUGCUGGCGUGGUCGGGAAGACGAUGCCGAGGUACUGCCUCUUCGGUGACACCGUCAACACGGCCAGCAGGAUGGAGAGCAGCGGCGAGGCAUUGAAAAUCCACUGCUCCGAGCAGACGGCAAUGGUCCUGUCCGAUGUCCUCGGAUUUGUCUUGGAGGAGCGAGGCCAGAUGAACAUCAAGGGCAAAGGCAUGAUGAACACGUUCUUCCUCAAAAACCGCGAGGGCUACGACUUUUCGGAUUGCUGCGAUCAGCCGGUGGAGGAGGAUCGGCUGGCGCCCGAGAUUUUCCCCAGAAAUUCGAGGACACAACGUCUAAAUUCGACGUUUGCCCUCAACAAUCGCGAUUCGCAACUGUCCCUCUCUCGAGAGACGUCCUUCUUGAAGAGGCUCGUCGACCGGGCCACCACCAGAACCCCACUCCACGAUUCCUCGGCUCAUUACUCGAAUACCAAUGGCGGUGUCGUGUCCAUGGCCACGUCGAUGUCGAGGGUUGAAGAGGAGACCCCAGCUAGAAAUGGGCCGACGAUCGGACGCCGGAAACCGUUUAGUCGGCAGAGCGGGACGCGGAAGCGGACGCCCAUGUUUGAUGUCGAUUUUGCGAUGCGAAAAAGAUCCUCCUCCCUGCCCGACAACGAGUUCAUCAAGAUGUGCCAGGACGAGUCGAUACUCAGCCGAUGCCAUCAGAACAAUUCGACAGCGCCCGUCUCCUCGGCUUCAUUCGGUUCUCACUACAUCUCAAAUGGGGGCGGAAUGUCGUCGACGUCAUCACCGUCACGUUCAAACUAUCCUUCAUAUAAAGAUGUGUCCACCUCGGUGCAACGCAAAAAUGCUGUCGUUCAAAUUUGCGAGAACUCGGCACAUUCAAGCCUAAAACGAUCACUAUCCAUGGGCGAUACGGUGUCGAUUGUCGGGGAUUUGUUGAUGAACGGUGAGGUGCACGACUUCUCCGAUUCUAAGCCGCUGAUACGACCGGCUCGGCAGCCAAGGGAACGAAAGAAGGAAAGCCGUAAGCGCCACCCAUCUCGAGAUCGAUCCCUAUCUGCGAUGAGAAAAUCCCUCCAAAAUAGCCUCCGAGAAUCGACGCCCGCCACGUCGUUUACAAAGAUCCUACGUCGUCUCACCUCUUCCUUCAUGGAAACACCGCCGUACAACGAUUUCGGAGACGUCGAGGAAAAUUCACCGUCUCCUGCAAGAAGUGAUGCUAGUACAAACCUUGUCGCCAGACCCUCGCCGGCACCGCUGGACAUCACCCCGAAUUCGAGCACACGAAGUCCGAACACGACAACCACCAGCCAAGCGGACGAGACCGACGAGCCGCUACUUCCGGUCCGACAGCAGCUAGUCGUU